AUGGCAUUCCGCCUCCUCCCACAUUCAACUCUACAAGCACUAUUCGGCACCCAAAUCAUCGACGAAUCCCACAUCACGUGUGUGGCUCUCACAUCAACAAAAAAGAACACAAAGAAACUGUUCCUUAGACUGACAGAGGCCUUGUACUACAACAAGGGUGCGCGCCUCUGCCGCCAGGAACGAUGGAACGAGAUGACAAGAUUGCAGCUGGAGAAUGAGGCGCUCAAAAUGGGUAUGGUGGACGAGCUUGAGGAGGAGAAAACCGAGCUUAGUCUAAGAGUGAUGUUGGCAGGAGCGAUGUUGAAGGAGAGAGAAGAAAAGAAGGCGAAGGAGACGGAGGAGAGAAAUUCAGGAAACGAAAGCGAGCUUGAGCUAGGAGUCAUGCUGGAAGGAGCGACAUCGAGGGAGAAGAAGGAGAAGAGGGCAGAGGAGCAGGAUGUGAAGAGUGAAGAGUCAAGGAGUGAUAGUGUUAUGGAAGAUGUAUUGUGA